AUGAGCUGCCUCGGCAAAAAGAUGAAACGUGAUGGGCCCACCGCCAGCAUCUACAUGACCCAUGCAAAAUUUUGCAAGCGGUCUCGAGUCCGUCUGCCAAUUCUAGAAUGCACACCUGAUCUGGAUAUGGGGAUGGUCGAAGAAUGCCACGGCCCAGAGUACGAGUGGCACCAGCUCUUCCUUGGACCGGGCGAUUGUGGACAUGCAGCUGUGUCACGUCCCCGGACCUAUGUGAUCGGCUGCCGAACGCAGGAUUGCCAGGCAAUCCAUGAUGUCGCCGAGCUAGCCGACAGAAUCACGGAGCAGUUGCGCUGGACCGAGACCGUUGUCUCAGACUACCUGCUCGCUACGCCGACAGAAGUGGCUUUGGAAGCACAUGCUUUAGCUCGGAAGAGACAGGUGCACUAUGAACAAACGGAUGACUUGCACUAUUUGCUCAGUGAGAACGAGAAAAAGAGACUGGCGAG